UUUCUCUGUCGACGGAGAAAGCAAAUUUCAUUUCCCUACUUAUCAGCAGCCGGAACGUUUCGUAAAAUUUCUUAACAAGCUUUUCUUUCGCUAGGAAAAUUUAAAUUUAUUUUUUUACUGAAUCUGGCCAACUAUAUACUUUUUUAAUAAUUAUUUUAAAAGUUCUGCCAAGUCAUCGUAAGCCAUGAAGAUCAACAUUUCGGGUGGUGAAUAUACGCUGGCGGAGUUCGAGGUGGAAGUGGACACCGAGCUGAGCGCCGAGGACCUGCAGCCCGGAGCCACCGUGCUGGCCACCAACGAGGCUGAUGGCGGCCAGGAGCAGAUUGUCAGCCACGAGGAGCUGUCCAGGUUUUUCACCGUGGCGCCGGGAACCGCUCUGCCAAUGCCCACGGACGUGGUGGUGGAGCGCACCCUGGCGGAUCCGGCUCUUAAGCAGAUCCUGCAGGAGGCUGACGGCAAGAGGGACUUCGAUCCGCAGGCGGAGCAGCUGAAGAUUCGUGAAUUUCUGGCAGGGGUCACCAGCAGCAAGAUGACCACCGAACAAUCGGUGUUCCAUGGCUCGCGUUCCAACUCCUCUGCGGCUACCGGCAGCAGGAUGAAGUGCCCCCAGUGUCUGGUCCAAUUUGAUGCUGUGGUCUUCCAGAGCCACGCCUGUGAGACCAAGGUCGAGCGGAAGCCCGCUGUAGUGUCAGUGGUUCAGCAGGAGAAGCCAGUUGCUGUUCCCACUCCUCCCGCUCCAAUCAGCAAGCCAGGCAGUGAGCGGGUGAUCUUGGAGAACCUGGUGCGCCUGCGUCGUUACAUGAAGGAUGAGAUGAAGUACGACAUGGCCACCGGCAUCGACAGCUCGGGCGGCAGGAAGUCGGGAAAGGGGGCGAACGAGUGCACCAUGUGCGACCGGAAGUUUGUGCAUCCCUCGGGACUGGUGCGCCACAUGGAGAAGCACGCCAUGGACAUGAUCCCCUCGCAGGUCAGCUUGCAGCCCCAUACUGCUCCGGCUGCCGGUCUCCAUGUCGUGGUGAAAUGCAACCUCUGUGGCCGCAUCUUUUAUGAUCCACUUGUGGCCUUGAAACACGGCUUUGUUCACUACCCUGAGCAUGAAGCGCUGUGUCGUAUUCCGGAGGACCAGCACACCUCCGGCAAAAGAGAUUUUAAGGAGCUCCUGCUGGAGGGUGAGAUGCUGCUGGCAGGAGAGGUCACGGUAACGACCGCCCAGCAGAAGGCCAUCCGUCGGGAGAAGGAGCUCUUCUCCACCCUGAUCGUGGGCAGCGUUUUGCAGUGCGAGUUCUGCGAGUAUAUCUUCGCUGAUAUAGCCGAACUGCUCGUCCAUUCGGCCUCCCAUGUGGCUGAACGACGUUUCGAGUGCACCGCCUGCAACAUGCAGAUGAACACGGCGAAGGAGGCGAGCACCCACUUCCAGACGGACUGCAUCUUCAUGCGGGAGGCCAUACGCUCGCUGAAUGUCACCCUGAGUCGCCACUUUGUGUGCAACGUGUGCGAGCUUAAGUUCGCCAACACGGAUCUGCUCCAGGAGCAUCGCUACACCUCCUAUCACUACUUUCCUCGGCUCAGCCAGACUGGUAAGAAGCUGCUGCUGCCCUGCGAGUUCUGCGAGGUCAACUUCGAGUUCGCCCACGAAAUCCUGGCCCACAACGAGGAGAAGCACUUGAACAAAAAGAAGCGCGAGAAGGAAACCCGCAACGGGGGCACGGGUCGCCUGCGUCAGUAUCUGUGCGACAUCUGCGGCAAGUCGUACACCCAGUCGAGCCAUCUGUGGCAGCACCUGCGCUUCCACCAGGGUGUCAAGCCCUUCGUCUGCCAGGAGAAGAACUGCGACCGCAAGUUCACCAUCCGGCCGGACCUGAACGACCACAUCCGCAAGUGCCACACGGGCGAGCGUCCGUAUCUCUGCCUGGUUUGUGGCAAGCGCUUCCUGACCGGAUCGGUCUUCUACCAACACCGUCUCAUCCACCGCGGCGAGCGCCGCUACGAGUGCGAGGAGUGCGGCAAGCGCUUCUACCGCGCGGAUGCCCUGAAGAACCACCAGCGCAUCCACACCGGCGAAAAGCCGUACAGCUGCCUCUUCUGCACCAAGACCUUCCGCCAGCGCGGCGAUCGGGACAAGCACAUCCGGGCGCGACACUCUCAUUUGGAUGCCAACUCGCGGCUUAUGAUGCAGAUGCAGAAGUUCCAGCUGGAGUCGGCCGCAGCUGCUGCUCAGCGAGGCCAGAAAUUUAACCCGGAGCAGCAAGCAGCAGCCGCCGGUGGCAGUUCUCCGGACGUGGCCUCUUGCUCGGGAUCAGGGUCUGCCGAGGCUGGCGAACAGGUUAUACAGUAUUCGGUUAUUCAGGAGCCUCAGGAGGAAAUGAUGUGCAUGCCCAUGGGGGAGGUGAACCAGAGUUUCCUUAUGUCUCACUAUGGCGUUCCCAUGGAGGAGGAUGGCUCCGAGCAGCAGAUCAUUGUCUUUGAGGAGUCGGUCCAGGAGGUGGAUGUGAUGAGCAUUUUCAAUCCGCAGCAAAGUCAGGAUCAAAUGCAGGAGAACGCCAGGGUGGUGGUUGUCAAGAACAAUCCCGCCCAGCCGCUGUUUUCCGAUACCUAUAUGUAGUGAUCCUGUAGGAAUUCAAAUAAAGCGCCAAAUAGGCUUAGCAAUUAACAAAACCUAAA